UUUCUUCUUUUAGUAAAAAAGAAAAAGAAAAUUCUUCUUCAAACUGAUGAAGAAAGAUUUCAACUUUGAAAAAAAAGAAAAAAAAGAAGGAAACUUCCUCGAUCGUGCUCUGCAACUAGCAGCAUCAUCAUCAUCAUCUGAGAUCUAAGGGAUUCUCACCGACAUACAGAUCACAUAAUCUCCUCAAUUAUAUUCUACUAUUUGACCACAUCUCCUUUCUCUUCAUCAGAUCAGAACAAGAACAAGAAGAAGAAACCUCAAAGUCGUCUGCUUUGUUAUUGGGUUUAUGCUUGCAACUUGUUCUUCUUCUUCUUCUGACCCUUCGUUGACUACAAGGUUAAAGAUCUCUUACAAGAACCGGAGGCUAGUAGUUUAUACCGUUGGUCCAUGUUUUUGGUAGCCACGAGAGGGUAAUGAGUCAUUGUAAAGUUCCUGCUUUUAUUGAAGCACAAGUUGAAAUGGGAUCGGUUAAUGAACUUGAGCAAAAAAGCCUUUUUAGACGAGAAGACGAUGCCACGCAGAUUAAAGCAGCUUCUCUGAUGGAGCAGGGCUCACUCUCUCCGAGCUUCCAUGAACACACGACGGCUAAAUCACCAAAGAACAGCGUGGUUAUGAGCAUCAAGAUCGUUAUUUUAUCCAAUAAACUCAAUCUCUUGUUGCCUUUCGGUCCUCUAGCAAUAUUGGUCCACUAUAUGAUAGAUAGUAAGGGGUGGGUGUUCUUGCUGAGCUUGAUAGGCAUUACACCAUUGGCUGAACGUCUCGGAUAUGCCACAGAGCAACUGGCUUUUUACACGGGUCCCACUGUUGGAGGUCUUCUAAAUGCUACGUUCGGGAAUGUGACUGAGCUGAUCAUAUCGAUAUUCGCUUUGAAAAAUGGAAUGAUACGUGUUGUUCAGCAGACAUUACUAGGAUCCAUUCUGUCUAACAUGUUGCUUGUACUUGGCUGCGCUUUCUUCUGCGGAGGGCUUGUGUUUCACCAGAAAGACCAAGUCUUUGACAAAGGAAUAGCAGUUGUGAAUUCAGGAUUGCUUUUGAUGGCUGUCAUGGGGAUACUCUUCCCUGCUGUUCUUUACUACACGCAUAGCGAGGUUCAUGCCGGAUCAUCAGAGCUGGCCCUGUCAAGGUUCAGCAGUUGCAUAAUGCUUAUAGCCUAUGCCGCUUACCUUUUCUUCCAGUUAAAGAGCCAGUCUAGUUCUUAUAGCCCUCUUGAAGAGGAAACGAACCAGACCGAAGAGACAUGUGCUGAAGAUGAAGAUCCAGAGAUCUCUAAGUGGGAAGCUAUAAUAUGGCUCUCAAUCUUGACUGCUUGGGUCUCUCUUCUCUCUGGCUAUCUUGUUGAUGCCAUUGAGGGUGCAUCGGUUUCUUGGAACAUACCAAUAGCCUUCAUCAGUGUCAUAUUGCUUCCUAUCGUUGGGAAUGCAGCGGAGCAUGCAGGAGCUAUUAUGUUUGCCAUGAAAGAUAAACUGGAUCUGUCAUUAGGUGUGGCUAUUGGUUCCUCUAUCCAGAUCUCCAUGUUCGUGGUCCCGUUCUGUGUGGUGAUUGGAUGGAUGAUGGGUGAGCAGAUGGACCUCAACUUCCAGCUCUUUGAGACGGCAAUGCUGUUCAUAACUGUGAUAGUUGUAGCUUUUUUCCUCCAGGAAGGGACAUCGAAUUACUUCAAAGGAUUGAUGCUCAUUCUUUGUUACUUGAUAGUUGCUGCCAGUUUCUUUGUACACGAAGAUCCUCACCAAGAUGGUAUAUAAGCUCCGUGGAAGAGUCUGGUGGAAGCAAAGCUGGGUCUUAAUUACACGCUGAUGAUUCCAUGAACACGAAGUUUUGAGGGGAGAAAUGCUAAAGAUGUAAACCUGAUUCUAAUGUGGUUUUUCCAUAAACUUGAAUUUGUUUAACUUUUCAAAGUUAAUUCCUCUUGGCAUUCCCUUAGUCCCUUAGAAGGUUGCACGUUUUGUUUAUCUGCUGUGUCAUAAGUUCGAAGAUUUGUUUCUCGUGUUCUUGCUGUCACGUUGCUCUGACUUGUAAUGAACAACAAGCAACCAUGUUUCGAUUUUUUUUUUUAAAUUUCCGAGAACACAUUUAGUUAAUUAACAUUCGUUGUGGAGUAUGUAAAGUUGUAAACCGAAACCAAGGUUUUAAGGUCUUUCAUUACA